GCGUUUUAAAACGAAAAAGAAAACAUACAUAUAACAAUGGGCAGCUUCUUCACCAUCGCUGGUCGCAAAAUCGCCACCGAAUACAUUGUCCUCGGUGUUCUGGGCACGUACGGUCUCGGUAUCAAGGCCGCCCUUCCCAAGACCGAUAAGACCAAGCAGCCGCCUAUCGUUGCCUCGAGCGACGAGGAGACCAAGUUCAUCCAGGAGUUCCUGAAGGCCGCCGAGGCCGAGGAGACCAAGGCCCCUGCCGCCCACUAA